UGCAGAGCAGGAUCUGCCUUCAUGGGCCUCUCCACCUAGCAGCCCCCAGCACACCCCUCGCCCCCAUCAGCCCCCUGUCACCCUGGCAAUACCUCCACGCCACCUCUUUUAUAGCCAGGAGCAUGGAGGAGCCUUGCAUUGCCCUGCCACCCCAUCCCUUCUGAGAGAGCGCAGGGGAUUCUCGCAGGCAGCCACAAAUAAGAACUUCUUUGCACUUGUUCAAUGUGGAAAGAGGCUUUCUGAAGUUGUCACUUUACAGGGGGAACCAUGUGGACCUCGGCUGGCAUCCUGUGCUACUUGGUCGUGUGCGCGCUUUUGUGGCAGGAGAUCCUGUGCAGGAGACUUCCAAUGGAUACUGGUCAAUGUGGACUGCCCAAGUCGCAGGAAGAGCUGAAUUCUUUCCUAUGGACCAUCAAGAGGAAUCCACCUGCUUAUCUCUUUGGAACUAUACACGUGCCUUAUACCAGAGUAUGGGAUUUUAUACCCCAGAACUCAAAGAAAGCAUUUCAGGAGAGUAGCAAUGUCUACUUUGAGCUGGACCUUACAGAUCCUUACACGAUCUCAGCUCUGGCCAGCUGUCAAAUGCUUCCUCAGGGGGAGAAUCUACAGGAUGUUCUGCCCAAGGACCUGUACAGGAGACUUAAGAGGCACCUGGAGUAUGUGAAGCUAAUGAUGCCCCAUUGGAUGACCCCAGACCAGAGGGGCAAAGGGCUCUACGCUGAUUACCUUUUCAAUGCCAUCGCUGGCAACUGGGAGAGGAAGAGACCUGUAUGGGUGAUGCUCAUGGUGAACUCUUUAACGGAGACAGAUAUAAGGUCUCGGGGUGUCCCAGUUCUGGAUUUAUAUUUGGCACAAGAGGCUGACAGGAUGAGGAAGAAAACUGGAGCAGUGGAGAGGGUAGAGGAGCAAUGCCAUCCACUUAACAGGCUCAACCUGUCCCAGGUUUUAUUCGCUUUAAACCAGACAUUGCUGCAACAUGAAAGUCUACGGGCAGGAAGCUUUCAAGCCCCCUACACGACUGAAGAUCUCAUAAAACAUUACAACUGUGGAGACCUCAACUCCAUCAUCUUCAGCCACGAAUCUACACAGGUUCCAAAUUUUAUCAACACCACCCUACCACCACAUGAACAGGUCACAGCUCAGGAAAUAGACAUUUACUUCCGACAGGAGCUCAUCUAUAAACGCAAUGAAAGGAUGGCCAGAAGAGUGAUGGGUCUUCUGAGAGAAAACCGGGACAAAAGCUUCUUUUUUGCCUUUGGUGCAGGUCAUUUCCUGGGAAAUAAUACCGUGAUUGAUGUUCUGAAGCAAGUAGGAUAUGAGGUUGAACACACGCCUGCAGGACAAAGCAUUACAAACAUAAAACUAGAGGCCAGCCAAGCUGAAGACCAUGGGACAGAUGCACCUUCAAUGAAGUAUUUUGACCAUAUGCCAUCCACGUCAUCUUUUCCUGAAGAGCAUGAUGAUGAAAUGCUGCCUCCUCAUCUCCUUCUACCAGACAGUAUUAGUCAAUUAGAAGAAUUUGGGAAACAAAACAACUGGCACCGGAAACACCACAGAGACCAGCGCAGGCGGCAGUUUAAUGACCUCUGGGUCAGGUUGGAUGACAGCACAACCACAUUGCCUUCAAACACUAGAAACCUCAACGAGGAGCAAACCGCAGAUUCCCUCACGUGGCUUUCCGACCAAGAUGACCAGUCCGAUGUGUACGUGGAGCUAAUGAACGUUCAGAGCAACACAGCACCCACACGUGGCCUGGCUCUGUCUAUCAUCUUGCCUCUUCUGUUAACUGUAUAUUUGGCCAGAGUGAUGAGAACUGGAUCCUGACAGUAUACAGAUCUGGAAAAACAUGUUUUGGACAUAAUCUGGAUGAACAUUCAAUGAGAAGAAGAAAACAAUAAAAACACAAUCAAUGCAAGCAAGUGAAAAAUAAUAGUGUUCUCGGGAGAGGAAGCAAAAAAUAAGUGUUGUGUACUUUGCUUUCUUACACCGUUUGUGCCUAUAAACUACGGGGACCUCAACUUUUCUUGAGUUAGAGCCACGUUCAUAAAAGAUGUCUUAGAUAUGUACUAGGAACCGGUCACGUUACUAGUGAUUGCAUCUUCAUGGAUGGUAGAACCACCGCAAAAUGGAGAACUUUGUCCUGGGACAUAACGUUAAGCUCCUGAACCCCAACACAUGAUAUGUAACAUGGUCCCCCAACCACCAUUUACAAUCUGUAUUGGCAGAAUACUGUGCCUGAUGUGGAUGCUACCUCCAAACUCCUUAUAGUUAUGUUCUUUCCUUCAAAUUUUGAUUAUAUGGGGAGACUCCUUUAAAUUUUGUAAUUUAUAUAACCGUGUAAGGCUCGGUUGACACUAAUGUUGUGGCUUCCCUUUCUAUCACUGGCUUAUAAUUGGGUCCACCAAGGUCCUCCGGUGGUUUCUUGUUGGUUUGAUGAAAUGAGUACAGCUACAUGCCGCACUAGUUUUUCAAUCAAAUCUGCUGAGACUGCCAACAAAGGCUCCCAAUGCAGCCCUGUGAUGCCAAUUUGAACGGAAACUUAGUGAGUCCUUGCUAUUUCAAACCGGUUCAUCUGUCAACUGAACGGCCAAUGAGAAGAAAAGACUUAGGGUAUGGCCACACGAUGCAGUUUUGGAAGCCAAAACCAGAAGUGAAUUCAAAAAAAGAGGAGAAGUCGUAUCUAUCCUUUAUACUUUCUCUCCUUUGAUCCACUCCUGAUUUUAGCUUCUAAAACUGCAUCAAGAAACCUGAU